AUGGCGACAGUGGGGAAAACCGUCGGCAAGUGGCAGUUUGGGUUUAACCGGUUUGCACUUAGUUGCUUCGCGGGGUGCCCUAGGGCAGCGGGUGCCCCAGCUCUGCCCCUGACCACCCACCGACCUCAGUUCCAGGAAGAGGCCGACUCUGUCAGCCAGACCCUGGCAAAGCUCAGCUCCAGCCUGGACACCCAGUACAGCCCUGCCCCGGGGGGCCCACCUGGCGCCCCAACAGAGCUGCUGCAGCUGGAGGCAGAGGAGAAGCAGCUGGCUGUGGCCGAAAAGACUGCUGGGGACCUGCAGCUGCGGAGCCAAGAGGUGGCCCCUCUGCCGCAGCGCAGGAACCCACCCCAGCAGUCCCUGCACGUGGACAGCAUCUGUGACUGGGACAGGGGAGAAGUGCAGCUGCUGCAGGGCGAACGGUAUACGCUGAUGGACAACACUGACCCGCACACCUGGCUGGUCCAGGGCCCGGCAGGCGAGACCAAACGUGCCCCAGCCGCCUGCUUCUGCAUCCCAGCUCCGGACCCUGAAGCCGUGGCCAGGGCCUCCAGGCUGGCCUCGGAGCUGCAGGCCCUGAAGCAGAAACUGACCACAGUCCAGAGCCGCCUGAAGGCCAGUGCUGCGGAGCCCUUACAGCCCAGCCAGAAGGCUCCAACCAGCUCGGCCCCAGCCGACCCACAGGCCCAGAAGCUCCUGACACGGAUGGCCCGGCUGGAGGAGGACCUGGGGCAGAUAGAGAAGCAGGUGCUGACCUGGCUCCGGGCCCCGCUGAGCCGCAGCACCGCACUGGAGGACCUGGAGGGCCGCAUCCGAAGCCACAAGGGCAUGGCCCAGCGGCUGCAGAGCCUGGGAGCAGAGAAGGCGGCAGCCCAGCAGGAGUGUGAGGCAUUUCUGUCGGGGCAGCCUGGGGGCCCCGCCGCCCUGCACCUACCCGUGGCCCUCAGCAACGUCAAGAACAAGUACAGUGACGUGCAGGUUCUUUGCAGACUCUACGGGGAGAAAGCCAAGGCUGCCCUGGGUCUGGAGCAGCAGAUCCGGGAUGCGGACAGGGUCAUCCGAGGCUUCGAGUCCACCCUGGCGCGGGAGGCCCCCAUCCCUGCAGGCCCAGGCGCGCUGCAGGAGAGGGUCAGCGAGCUGCAGCGCCACCGGAGGGAGCUGCUGGAGCAGCAGGCCUGCGUGCUGGGGCUGCACCGCCAGCUGAAGGCCGCCGAGUGCGCGUGCGGCACGCUGCACAGUACUUUCCAUGAAUUCUGCCAAGACCUGCCACGCCAGCAGCGCCAGGUGCAGGCCCUCACGGACCGCUACCACUCCGUGGGUGACCAGCUGGACCUGCGGGAGAAGAUGGUGCAGGACGCUGGCCUCACCUACCAGCAGUUCAAGAACUGCAGGGACAACCUGAACUCCUGGCUGGAGCACCUGCCCCGCAACGAGGUGCGGCCCAGAGACGGGCCCAGCCAGAUUGCCUACAAGCUGCAGGUGCAGAAGAGUCUGCUGCAGGAGAUCCAGGGCCGAGAGCAGGACAGGGCCACGGCAUCCCGCCUCUCCCAGCACCUGCAGGCGGCCCUCCAGGACUAUGAGCUGCACGCAGCCGCCUACCGCUGCUCCCUGGAGCCCACCCAGGCGGGGGCGGCACCCGGGAGACCCCGAGUGGCCCCGCUGCAGGAGAACUACCCCUUCCAAGCCCUGUCCUGA